CACACCGCAGAGAGACAGAGAAACGGAGGGGGGCGGGGGAAUUCUCGCGUAUACCGGCUUUGUGGUUUUCAUCCCCUAUCAAGCGUUUUACCAGCACCUGCCGGCUCGGCUCAGCCCCGUGGAGCCCAUGACGAUAAUUAUGCUCGUUUUCAGCUAUUAACUUCAGCUACAUUCAUUCACCGAACCGGGUUUCCUAUCUUGGAAAUUCAAGUUUUUCCACAGGCCAGGAGUGGGACCUUGAGCAGCUUAAAGGUCCACUUGUACUCCAGAUCAUAUGCACAUAGAAGAAUACAUUGAAGAAGAUGAGGAACCACCAUUGCUGCUCAACUCUCGUCCUUCUCGCGGUGUUAGGCUGUGGUGGGACUGCAGCGGUGCAGCGUCGGUGGGGAGAAGGGUGUGUGUGUUUGCAAUGCCCUGCAGGCCAGGAGCCAUCCAAGCCUUGCAGGCAGAUCCAGAGUUCAGCUGAAGACGUGAAAUGUCAGUUUUGCCCACCUGGGAGCUUUUCAGAGACGGUCGACUCUGAGCUCUGCCGUCCACACACAUCCUGCGAGAUCCUGGGCAGAAACGUUUCAGUGUCUGGCACUCUGACCUCAGACGCUGUCUGUGGCGACUGUCUGCCUGGAUUUCUCUCGCCUGACGGAGGACAAGUUUCCACUCAAAGCGGUUGCAUAAAAACAGAAAUGCGUGUCAGAAAGGUUCGCACUGUGGGAAAAGGUUCCUCCAGCGGGGCAGGAGGACCAGCCAACAGCACGGUGGUUCGAAGCGCCGAGGAAAAGACGGCAGAGUACGCUGUGUUUGCAUUGGUGCCUGUCUUCUGCAUAAUGGGCCUGUUGGGCAUCCUGAUCUGCAACAUCCUGAAGAAGAAGGGAUACAACUGCACUGCUGAGAAGGAGGGGAGAGACGAAGAGACUGCCACACCUCAGAAAGAAGGUCACAACUGCGCCAUAUCUGAUGACCUAAAUGAAGACACAAUCAGUGUUCUGGUUCGCCUCAUAACAGAGAAGAAAGAAAAUGCUGCUGCGCUGGAGGAACUGCUGCUGGAGUAUGAGAGCAAACAGAUGAGUAAAGGCUCAUCAAUUAAGUUCCCAAUGCUGUCUCCCUUGUCCACCUUCUGCUCCAUCCCCAAGUCUUGCCCCCAUCAGUCCCACCUCCACACCAUCUCGGGUCUCUCCGGUCUCGCUCCCAAACACGGCUACCGUUGCUCCCGCUGCGCUCAGAGAAAGUGGCCUCCUAUUCUCAUUCCUCCCCUGGAUUCUCUCAAAGACCCUCUGAAGCCCCCACAGGGCCUCAUUCUGCCCUCCUUGGACACACCUGUUAACCAGCAGAAGAACCCUCUGCUGGGGGCGGGUCGCGUAGACACUCAUCACCCCCAACCCCCUGUUGUGCCAAAGCCUGUUCAGAACAAAGUGGACAGCAGUGAAGGGAGGGAAAAGAAAGAAGGAGAGGUGUUGUCUGUUGGGAGAUUUCAAGUGGCUCACAUACCUGAGUACAAGCCUGUCACCACGGAAACAAAAACAUCAUCCCAGGAACAAAGAAACUCCCUGUUUGGUGGGAAACAUUUUUCCUCCUGUUCGUCAUCUGGCUUCAGGAGAUAAAAAGAUGCAGAGAUGCUGCAUGAUCGUGCUACCUCGUGAAAGAAGACCUCAUUAUCUGAUGGCAGCUUAAACGCCAGGAUGGAGAUGCUCUUCAGAAAACAUAACCUCCACCUGCUGGAAGAAGAAGGAAUUGCUUCUCAUCGCAUGAUAAGACGAUCUCUUGACAGCUUGAUCUUAUGCUGCUCAAAGCUUAAUGUCCAGUCAGCAACGGUGCUGGAAAGCUAAUGAGUUUAACGCAGGAGGAGGGCUGGUUUAAACCAAACAUCAAUGAAACAAAAGAUGCAAAAUCACUAAUUGUUACCGAUCAAAAUGUGGUGGUUCUGUUGCUUUGGAUACAACUUUUGUGACCCGCUUCCCCCCCGUUAGCUUUGGAGGAAACCGGACAGCACAACACCGUCAAAAAAAAACCAUAAAUAAUCUUUGCAACCAAGUGCCACACAGAUUAGAGGUAAGAAUGUGUUUGUUAACAACUGGUUCAUACAAAAAAAGGGUUUGUUCUUCUCUUUGGCUUGCAUAGAAAUUACAGAUGAAUUAAGGAUUUGAUUUGUUCCUUAAUCUGUUGAAUGUAUUAACAGAAACUUAUUGUAUGCACUGAAGUAAGUUUAUCCGGUUGGAGGGUUUAAACCUGAGCUCUGAUUUUUGCAUCUUUAAAGGUCAAUAUUUGAUAAAUGCCUAUAGCUAUUGGAAAUCUGUAACAAUCUUCGGGGUAAACGUUUCUUAUCGAGUUGUGCCAUGCAAUCAUCUAUGCUGAUGCCAGAUAAACAAAAUCAUUUCAGUCUUCCAGAUUAUAAACAAGGGUUCAGCAUGUUUCAGAGCUCCUCUGGUAACCUGUGAAAGUAUUUUAAAAAGUUCAAAAAUGUUGCUGCCUGUGAGACAGAUGUUUUCUUCAUGCAAUAACAUCAUAGACUUGCAAACUUCAUAUCAGAUCACAUUGAAGCAGCUUUUGUUGUAUCAAUUAUUGAUUUGAACCCUGAUAAAAGACAAAUUUUCUUUUCAACUCUUGUAUAAUCGAGAGUUCAAAUUAUCAAUUCAACAAUUUCCCGAAAGCAGAAUUAAGAAGCUCUUGGUAUGUUUUAGAUUUUUUUAGAUAGAGUCCAGGGUGGACCCAGGUUUAGUUGGAAAGGAGUUUUUUGUUGUUGUUGUUGUUGUUGUAUAUUUUCACUACAUUUAAAUGAUAUUGCAGCUCAAAUCUUAUUAUAAGCAGCAAAUAUCAUUUUGGACCACAGGUGAAAAACUAAACAUUGAGAAAGACCACAAUUAAAAAAACAAAACAUGUAUAUAGGUGUAAAUAUGUAAAUAAGACUGAGAGCAUACACAAGUAAACUCUUUAUUUUGAUUUUAUACUCUAACACGUAGUACGUAUGAAGUAAUUCAGGGGUAAACAGCUGCACUGCACCGGUGACAGGACUCUGUCAUUCAUAUAAGCUGAACUGCUGUCUGAAAUGGUUUUCUACUCUUAAUCUAGGGUUAAACAUAUCAGUGUUUUUUCUCUCUCUCAUCCUGAGCUACACAAACUCACAUUUUAUCCAUCAUAGUUCUUUAACAAACUAACAAACUGCAGGUAGUCCGGACGCUUACGCAGACUUUUGUUUUCCAAGAGUAUGGCUAUUAUCAGAUUUAAUUACUUUAUUAUGCUCAUGUUAUGCUGUUUAAAAAUAACACAACGUAUGUAGAGGAGAGGGCAUUUAUUACCCCAAGCUGAUGAUCACGUGUUUUCAUCCAAUUUCAUUGCUUUGGUGUUGUCAGCAUUAACUGUUUUCAAACUAUGCAGGAAGGAUGAAAAAAACAUCUCAUCGGAUUUUUGGGUUUUUAUUUAUAUCGUGCUUCAUUUUAUUAUAUCACUAUUAUAUCUCUAUUUCUGUAUGCUGUUUUUACUCAUGAAAUAAAGAAGAGCUGUAUUUUAAACUGUUUCAUUGUUGAUUAUCCAUAGCGUAUUGUGGUUUGACAUGUAUGCAUGUGAGAUGUUUGUUGUUAUCAGAGUGUGCGACAGGAACAGGAGCUUGAAGAACCAAAAUUCCUUCGUAACUACCGCCCCCUACUGCUGAUCGCUACACAUUACAAGGACUUGACUGGUGAUUGUCAAACCUCGAUACUAUUGGUGGUACUUCAGGUUGCUUAUUAGGGAUUUCCUUUGGAGCUAACGAAAAUAAAUGAAAGUAUUGACUAUUUACAUCAACUGGGAUAUUGAGCAAAUAGGCUCAAUUGUCAAAGAUAUUCAAUUAGUACAGUGACGAAAGCACUUCAUGGUGGGGAUUGUAUCUUGAUGUUGAGAACAUUAUUUUUACUGUAAGUCCUAUUGACAUUCCCAACAUAUCAAAGCUUUGGGAAUUAAAUUAGCAAUUAAAUAAUUUAUUCUUAUUUUGGCUAUAAACAGACAUUAUUACUAUUUCAUUGGCAAGACUUGUAUAAAGAGGCUUUAUCUCCAGGUUGCUUUUAGAGGUAGAGAUCAAAUAUAUUAUAAAUGAUACUCUCUGUCAGGAAGCAACUUACAAAGAUCAGACGCUCAAAACUAAUUAGUGCUUAGGGUGAAAUGUAAAAAUGUUUAGCAAAGUCCAAGGAAUAUGGAAAAAAUUCCAAGUAGUGUACAACAUGCCGUUAAAUGCUUAUUCAAUUUUGAAAAAAAAAA